AUGGACCAAAGCGUCGUGGAUCACCCGGUGACCCUCAUCAUUAAGGCCCCCAACCAGAAAUACACCGACCAGACCAUUAACUGCUUUCUGGACUGGACUGUGGGCAAGCUGAAAUCUCACCUCUCUAAAGUCUACCCUAGUAAGCCGUCUACAAAGGAUCAGAGACUGGUGUAUUCUGGCAGACUGCUUCCUGAUCAUCUGCAGCUGAAAGAUGUUCUCAGAAAACAAGAUGAGUAUCAUAUGGUUCAUCUGGUAUGUACUUCCCGGACACCCCCAAGUUCUCCAAAACCCAGCACCAGUAGAGAAGGUCAUGGAGCCUCAACCUCCAGCAGUAGCUCAAAUUUGGACCAUUCUGGAUCAACUGCUGCCUCACCUUCAAAUCAAGAAGCUUCAUCUACAUCUUUGAACACUAGUGCAGGUGGAGUGAGGCAUCGUAAUCUUCCACAAGUACAAAGCAAUCCCAUACCAAGCCACCAGUUCCCUUAUGUAAUGCAAGGCUAUAUAGGCAACCAGUUUCCAGGCCAAGGUGUUCCUGCUGGAUUUUCUAUGUAUCCUGCAUUCAGUCCCUUACAGAUGAUCUGGUGGCAGCAAAUGUAUGCCCGUCAGUACUACAUGCAAUACCAGGCUGCUGUUUCAGCCCAAGUGACUUCCAGCACGGAGCCAGUGAGAUCUGCAGUUGCCCAGGCUGUAAAUUCGGAUCGUGCUCCUGCAAAUGAGCCCGCAGCAGCGCCAAAUGUAGCUGUCCAGGAGAACAGGCCUGUGAACCCGAAUGUUGAGAUGAAUGCACAGGGUGGCCCGGUAGUGAAUGAGGAGGACUUCAACCGGGACUGGCUGGACUGGAUGUACACAUUCUCCAGAGCAGCAAUUCUUCUGAGCAUUGUAUACUUCUAUUCUUCCUUCAGUCGGUUUGUCAUGGUAAUGGGAGCCAUGCUGCUUGUUUAUUUACACCAAGCGGGAUGGUUUCCCUUUAGGCAAGAGGGAGGCCAACAACAGGCAGCCAAUAAUGUGGAAGUGAACCGUGAUGCAAAUAAUCCUGAUCUUGAAGAGAUGGAACGGCUUAUGGAUGAUGGGAUUGAUGAAGACAGCGGAGAAGAUGCAGGUGAAGAUGCCAAUACCGAGCAGCAGCCUGGAUUCAUGGCUUCUGCUUGGUCCUUUAUCACAACCUUCUUCACAUCACUCAUCCCUGAAGGACCUCCACAGGUUGGCAAUUAAAGUGGAAAAGGAACUGUGUCAGGCAUCCUCAGUAGCCAUAUGUAGAAGUGGAGCAGAAUUCUGGAGAGUGUUCUAAAUACAGUGCAAUUUUUGAAAAUUUAUAAUGUUAUCUUUUUGAUCAUGUGGACAAAAAUGUGUAUUUUUUUUCUUUUGGCUUUCUCAUGCAUUGAAUAUUUUAAGCACAAGUGGACUACUAAAUGCUUUCUUUAAGGUUCUUCUUUUUCUGAAGAAUAAAAUGUAAAGAUACUGGUCUUCCAUGUGUUAUUUUAAUUUCAAAUGUGCAUUAUACUGAGGCAAAAAGCUUGUACUUAAUCUGCACCAUUACCUCUUUAAAGAGCUGUUAAAAAUAUGAAUGUUGAUGGACCUUUCCAAAUGCUAUCUAUUCAUCUGAAUAACUCUAAUGUAUCUUGUGUUAGUAUUAUGCAGGGUAUGAACUAUCACUUGCCAUUUGGAGUUUUAUAUCAUUCCUGAAAGAAUGCUGUAAACACAAGGAUGUUACUGGCAUGUUGUCCUCAUGCCAUGAAAUGCUAAGCCUCUUUUCUUAAAUUA